AUGGAGGGUGAGAUGGAUACAGCCCUGGCCAGCUUAGAUUUAAACGACGGUAUGCAAAAAAAACGUUUGAGUGAAGAAGUGGAAGAAAAAACUUCACCCCGAAGGUCAUCCAGGAAAAAAAUUAAAGAAUGUGAUAACCGGAGGGUUAUUAUUAAACCGAAAAAGAUUGAUCGUCAGAAGGAGAUAAAGAAUUAUUAUUUAGACAAAAGGGUUAAAAAAGGUUCGCCCUGCCUCGAAACUAUUUUUGAAGAACCUCAGUUAGUCAAAGGGAAAUCUAUUACAAUAAGUCAUAAAAAGUUAAAAAGGUUAUUAAAUUUUAACACUACAAAUCUAAUGACCAAACAGAAAACCAAAAAAAGGCAAAUGAAGUCGAAAAAAGAAGGGAUUUUUAAACCAAGAAAAAAAAUUUCAAUGGAUAUCUUGAUGGACAAGUUAUCUUGUAUUAAAGAAGAAGACUAA